AUGGAGUCCGUCUCCCCCUAUGCAGUCUCCAUCACGAAUCGAAGUGGCUUGAUUGUCAUCGUUGAAACACUGUUUAUGACGUGGAUGAUCAUAGUGAGUCUGGUCCGACUAUACAUGCGUCUCGCGGUCAAUGGACCAGUUAAGCUUGAUGAUGUCGUAGUGUUUACCGGAAGUAUAAUGGCCAUUGCACAUGUCGGAAGCAUUAUGGAUGCAGUUUCUCAUGGUCUAGGCCGAUCUGAGGGCGAAAGCUCUCCGUCGAACUUGAUACGCGCUGGAAAGGGCGUUUAUGCAGCGAAUCUCCUAUUUCUUGCUGGGCACGGCGCGGCCAAGAUUUCCAUAUGUUUACUUCUCAAACAACUGGGCCAGAAAAAGAGAUACUUGCUCUGUUCCAAUAUUCUUCUGGGCAUAGUGACGGCAUGGAUGUCUGCUUCGAUUGUUGCUGUUGCUCUGAGUUGCUUUCCACGAUACCAAUUCACCAUGGCCCAACAUUGUAAUAAUUUUGCGAUUGCUUGGAAAAUCAUCACUGCUUUUGAUGUGAUUACGGAUAUUCUUGCCUUUGGACUGUGUAUUUCACUAGUAUGGGGGGUUCAGAUGCGGUGGAAGCAAAAGUGGGAGGUGGUUUUUGCGUUUGGGACGAGGGCCCCGCUUAUCAUCUUGAUUAUACUCCGCCAGACCUAUCUCAACCGCUCGCUUUUCCAUACCGACGCGCCUCUGCAUCUAUCGGAUUCAACCAUCGCGACCGCCGUUCUCCUCCACUGCAGCAUUAUGGUUUCCACUGUGCCAUGCCUGAAGCCGUUUGUUAUUUCAUUCAACACAGGAUGGGGGCAGGGCGUCACAAACAGCAAGGGCCAGAAUUCGUAUUUCACACCAACUGGGAAUAGUGCAUCGAGUAACCAAUCUCAUGCCUGCUCAAUAAACCGAGAAGAGGGGGACGAUGUUGAUAUGCCUAUUUCCCGGCAGUCGGACUCGCAGGAUAGCCAGCACUCGCAAUGUCUGAUUAUUCGCCAACCGCAAAAGUUGAAAGUGGAGGAAGAGGAGGAUUAUGAGAUGCAAUCUAUAAGAUAG